CCCGAAAGUACUAGGUCUUUCCGUCCAACCUGCAGGGUUUUGGGAUCUUGUCAAAAAUUGCUUCAGCGGUCAAAGUGUGCAUUGAAGAUAAAAUGUCACAAUCUUUGCUCGUCGUUGAUGCAAGCUUCUCCAUUUGCAAUUUUUUCUUCAUCUAGCGGAAGGUUCACUCUACAAUUAUGGAGUUCUGAAAAGGAGUUUGAGAGUUUUGGGGGGAAAGGGAGCCUUUCCCCUCAAGUUUAAAGGUUGGACUGUUGGAUGACACUUUCAGGGGUUGAUCAAAUUGUUGCCUUUUGUAAAGUAGCCGAGAUAAUUCUAUUUUUGUAAACACGGAUAUGUAAGUUUUAGUAAAAUUUUUUUUUAUUUAUUUAUUGAAAUACUGAUGCCAAUGUAUGUUAGGUGCACCUUAAUUAUAUUUCAAACUUCUGUCAAAAUGGUUGACUGAAAAAGUCUCACAAAGGCUCUGGGGUCGCUAGGGUGCAGUGGAACCUCAACACAAGCACAAUUCUAGCACUCCAAACCAUUUUGACCUUUUGUUAAAUUAAUUUUUAGUUUAAUCUUUGCUUGUGAGUGGGCAGCUAAAGUACAGUUCUAGUUAGAGCUUUUUUGUUAAAACCUGAUUUUUGUUAAUUACAGUUCUUGGGAGUUUUUUUUUGUUUUCUUUCUCUUUUUUUGGAAACGGAGUUUUUGAAACAUUUGAUGUGUUAAAGUCUUUAGAGGUCAGAAUGAGUCUGACUCCACUGGACUGCACUCACAAAUGCCGCUCACUGCAGCAUGCACAGAACAUAGUGGCGGCACUGACCAAUGGCUCUGAUGGACAGUUACGGGCUUUCUUGUCUGCAUACUGUCAUAAUUCGAACAUCUUGCGGGAUGACUUUGGCCGUACAUCGCUGCAUAUGGUGGCCUCUCUGGGUAAAAAAGCCUUGCUGGAGUGGCUGCUGGAAAAUAAGUAUGGUGACCUGACAGUGAAAGACAAGGAAUCUGGAUGGACUCCUCUGCAUCGCAGCGCCUUCUAUGGACACAUCCAUUGUCUCAUCCCACUAGUCAAGCAUGGUGGACUUCUCUCCACCCAAGACAAGGAGGGUCUGUCUGUACUCGACCUUACAAUGAAGGACCGACCAGCACAUGUUGUGUUCAAAAACACUGAUCCAACUGAAGUCUACACAUGGGGGAAUAAUGCUAAUUUUACUCUGGGCCAUGGUAAUCAGGAGAGCCGACAGCACCCUGAGAUUGUGGAUGUGUUUGCAAGGACAGGAGUUUACAUAAAGCAGGUGGUUCUGUGUAAGUUCCAUUCUGUGUUCCUGUCCCAGAAAGGACAGGUGUACACAUGUGGACAUGGACAGGGAGGACGCCUUGGUCAUGGAGAUGAGCAGACAUAUCUGGUUCCUCGGCUGGUGGAGGGUCUCAUGUCCCACCACUGCUCCCAGGUAGCAGCGGCUAAAGACCACACUGUGGUUCUUACUGAGGAAGGAUAUGUCUUUACAUUUGGCCUCAACACUUUCUACCAGCUUGGCCUGGGACCUCCUCCUGUCUCAGUACAUGUCCCUAAACAGGUGUUCUCCAGGAUGCUCAAAGGAAAGACUGCGAUUGGAGUCGCAGCAGGAAGGUUCCACACAGUGCUGUGGACGAGGGAAGCUGUCUAUACAGUGGGACUGAAUGGAGGCCAGCUGGGUUACCUCUUGGAUCCUAAUGGUGAGAAGUGUGUGACGGCCCUCAGGCAGGUAUCAGCUCUGCACCACAAAGAUGUUACCAUUGCCAUGGCGGCAGCUAGUGAUGCAGCAACAGUAGCGGUGACAGAGAAGGGUGAUGUCUACUUGCUGGCUGACUUCCAGUGCAAGAAGAUUGCUUCAAGACUGCUCAACAUCAGGAAGGUUGUGGUGAGUGGUGGCUGUCUGGACCACCGUGUAGAUCCACAAGUCCUGAAUGCUGGAGGAGGGGAGAAGGCAGUCAUACUGGCAUUGGAUGAAGCAGGCAGGGUGUUUUGCUGGCGUUCGUCAGGCACUUCAGCAAGGCAGUGCCGGUGGGCGUACGGACGUCAGGUUUUCAUGUCGGACAUAGCUCUCAGUGAGAACAGCAUGAUGUUUGUGACUCAGGAGGGGGAGGGCUUCAGCGGAGCGUGGGCUGGAGAGUAUAAAAAGUAUAGUGACAAGAAAGAAGUCAAUGUGGAGAAUCCCAGCCAUUCAGACGGUGUGACACAAUACGAACGGAUCCGCUUGGAAAAACUUGCUUCCAUCCACAGAGCUGUCAGCAUCACUGUGGACUCUAAAGGGCUAAAUUUUGGAGUGCUUCAGUCUGACCCCAAAACCAGUUUGUAUGAGAUCCCCAGUAUCUCUCCUUCCUCCUUCUCCCAACACUUCCGGAGCCUCCUGGAAGAGGCCGAUGAAACAGACAGCAUUCACGAUGUGACUCUUCAGGCAGCUGAUCGCACUUUCCCGGCUCACAAGUAUGUUCUGUCCAUGAGGUCUGAUUUUUUCCGGAAGCAGUUCAUGACCACGAACUGCAAGGUUGAUGAGGAAAUCGAUUCAGACGUGAAGAAGAGCGAAGACGCGGUCGGUUGCACUCUACUCACUUUUGAAAAGAUCCCAGCGGAUAUGUUGGAAUACGCCCUCAACUUCAUUUAUACCGACUCAUGUGAGUUGCUGGUGAAUGGAGCACAGCCAAGAGUGUCGGGGUACUUCACAAGACAAAACCAAGACUCAGAGCAGGAGAGGCUUAUCACUAGCCUUCAGGACUUGGACCUAAAACGUUGCUCAGCCCUCGAAGUCUACCGCUCCCUCCCCAAUGCAGCCAAAGGAGUUGGUGACAAAGCCAAGAGCAAGGGAUCCAAAUCUGGCAGGAAGAGUAAAGGAGGCAAAGGUGACAGGGCAGGAGCCAAUGAAGGAGGAGCCAACCCUGUGAAAACCCUUCAGGGGGUUGCAAAGAUGCUGGGCCUGGGAAGCCUGUCUGCACAACUUGAUGGGGUCAAAUAUGAACAUGGAAAAAUUAUAGUCACACACAAAAAACAAGGCAACAAGCCCAAAUUCUGCCAAAGGAAGUGCUCCUACCUUUGUGAUGUAACUCUUAAAUCUGAAGAUGGUAAAGAAUUUCCCUGUCACAAAAGUGUCCUCUGUGCCAGACUGGAAUAUUUUAACAGUAUGCUAGGAAACCCCUGGAUUGAGGCGUCGUCCUGUAAUGCACUGGAAUUGCCCAUCAGCUCUGAGAUUCUGCAGGUCAUUCUGGAGUACAUUUACACAGAUGAGUGUCCCACCAUUAAAGAGUGUCUGAAAGUAGAGUUUGUGUGCAGUGUUCUGGUCGUGGCCGACCAGUUGCUCAUCACACGACUGAAAGAAAUGUGUGAGGUGGUCAUCACUGAACACUUGACUUUGAAAAAUGCUGCAGUGCUGCUGGAGUUUGCUGCCUUGUACAACGCAGAGCAGCUUAAACUCUCCUGUCUCCAGUUUAUUGGGCUCAAUAUUACAGCACUGCUGGAAUCCAAAGCUCUGGAUAUUCUCAGUGAUGAGGUGCUGCUGGAUGUAUCUGCAGCGUACAGACAGAUGGUUCCAGCCAUGCAGAAAAGAAUCAUCACUCCGUACCACGGUGCUCCUGACCUCAGCUUUUAUGUUCAUGAGGAUUUGGACUCAGCUUUUAACCUUAAACCAGAUUCAGGACUGGAUCAAUCUUCCAGAGAUGUUCUUUUCAAGAAAGCAAAGAUAAAGGCCAAAAAGAAACCAAGGCGUCGAUCUGACAGCUCAGGGGGUUACAUUCUCUCUGAAAUCAUCCAGAGCCCCACAGUUACAGUGGGGUCUCAGCGCCUGAUGAAGUCAGACAAGGCCAACUCCACUGAGUCCCUGCAGGAGCUGCUCACAUCAGACUCCGAGGGCAGCUGCAUGGGUCUGGGCAGUCCUCGGGAGAUGCAGUCACCUGUGUUCACCGAGAGAGCAGAGGAUGAAAAAUCCUUCAGUCAGAGGCUGAAGACUCCACCUAACACACCGACUUCUCACAGAAAUGGUCUGCUUACUCCCCCCAGAUCUGCUUCACAAACUAUUCACAAUGCCCAGCCCUGUCCAGCUCUUCCAACACCAGUGUUGGAUCUGAGAACCAUCAUGGACAUGGAAGCAAACUCUCAGCUGCCUCUCGGAGCGACUCCUAAAAGCCCUGGAAGUGUCAGCUCCAGUAUCAAACACUCCCCAGUUACCACUAAACUGUCCCAGAAGCAGAGAAAGAUGCUGGCCUUGGCCAGCAAGGAGGCCAAUGUAGAGGCCACAGCAUCCAAACCUACCCCUACAGUUACCCCAUCCAAGAGCACCGGGAAGGCCUGGGCACUAGCUGUACAGUCUCCUCCCUCUUCCUGCUCAUUCCGGGCACUCCUGGAGGAGGAGAAGUGCCUGAUCAGACUUGGACAAACUGGAACACAGAGGAGCCAUGGUCCUCCAGCUUCACCUGUUACCCCCACUGUCUCUGCUGCCCGCAGGGUCACGUUCAAAUGUGAAAGCAACCAGACAGAGAAGGUCACUGGGCCCUGGGUCCUGGGGGCAACAAGUGGCCCUCCCCCUUGCUCCCUGCUGACCUUUGCUGCCAUCGUAGAGGAGGAGAAGCAGCAGGAAGCGGCGCUGAUCCGUAGCCGAGAGAAGCCUCUGGCUCUUAUUCAGAUUGAAGAGCGAGCCAUCCAAGACCUCCUGCUUCAUUAUAAGGCACAUGACAACCCUGAUGAGCUGAUAGUGGUGGAGAGGUCCUCCAAGGGUCCCAUGGCAGUCCCAACCUGGAACAAACAUUGACUAUUUAGCACGGCAGCCACUACAUACCAUAGACGUGAGAACAUCCCCUGGAGGCAAUUGCAGUGAGUCUGUUGCAGAUUUCCUUUAACUGUCAUCAGGUCCAUCGGUCCGUGUUAUGAUCAGUUCAAAAUGAAGCAUAUCUGAGGAGAAGUCCAAGCUUCCCUCUGCAGUGUUACUCUUACUUCUCUUUUUGUUGCUGCUCAACAUUGUGUUUGCGUGCACAACUGGGUGAGCGAUUGUUCUCAAAUGUGGUCAUGAAGGACAUUUUUGCAGCUGGGGCAACUUAUGCAUGUGUGUUUUCUUUUGUUGGCUUUGUGCCCAAGUUUAAAAAGAAAACAUAACUCUGCCACAUAACAAAUAUUAAUUUGUGAUGAUAAAUUUGCCAAAUGAGAGAUUUAAAAUCCAAACAAAUGGGUCCAAACUAGAUCAAUUUCAUUGUGUUCAACUAACAGACGCUCCUGUAAUUGUGUUUUAAAACAGUGCCAACUGCUGUGAAUCGGGCGUGUGGUCAUUUUCAUGGUACAUUUGUUUUUCCCUGAUGGUAUAAUUAUUAUUAGUAGUAUAAGUUUUGCUUCAGCUGAGUUGCAGUGGCAUGUUGAUCUUGACGUAUUCUCUAAGAAUACACGUUGAACAUAUUCAAUGUAGUCGAAGUGAAUGGGGAGACGGCUCAGUACAGUGGAACAAAUCUCCAAUAUAAAAGAAGUGAUUUGCCGAAACACAACAUUAUAAACCUCACAGAUUCUCCAUAAAGUCUAAAUAUUUUUCCCAUUUUAAUUUCAAUCGGUUGUUAUCCCGUCACAUUUUUUACUGGAUAUAGUAAAAACGUCCUAAGAUGCUCAGAUCUGGACCACGUCAUUGUUUUUGAACGUGUGGGUAACACAUAGGAGAGAUGAAGAGAAAAUGGCAUGCAAUAAAAUAUAUCAUCUGUGCAAUAA